UAUCAACCAAAAUUAGGGCAUCAGAGACGGAGCCGAAAUUAGAAAAAGGGAAAAUAGAGAAACAUGUGACUUGUAUAGCUCUAGAAUGACACUUGACAUUAACAAUAACCAACAACAGCAAACGGUCACAUGGGGCUUCAAAUUCUUUUUCCAAACGUGAACACAUUUAAACCAAACACAGACUAUACACUAUACAUACCCCGCGCCACUCUUGUAACAAACUACUCUACUCCUCACUCACUCACUCACUCAUGGACAACUGCAGGAAAUCCCCCCUCAAGCCAUGGAAGAAAGGCCCCGCGAGGGGUAAAGGCGGUCCUCAGAACGCCACGUGCGAGUAUCGUGGCGUUCGACAGAGGACUUGGGGGAAGUGGGUGGCCGAGAUAAGAGAGCCAACGAAGAGGACCAGGCUCUGGCUGGGCUCUUUCUCCACCGCCGAAGAGGCUGCCAUGGCUUACGAUGAAGCCGCAAGAAGGUUAUAUGGGCCCGAGGCGUACCUUAACCUUCCCCACUUGAGAUCCAACUUCAAUCCAUUGAGCAAGUCGCACAAGUUCAAAUGGUUCCCUGCCAAUAACUUCCACUCCAAGCUGUCCACUACAGGACUGCUGAAUUUGAAUGCGCAGCCGAGCGUCCAUGUGAUCCACCAGAGGCUGCAAGAACUCAAGAAGAGUGGAGUUCUUGGUCAGGAUUAUUCAUCAUCCAGUGAUCUCAAAAAUGACGUGCAGGUUCUAAGCGAGGAGCCACAACUAGAAAUUCAUGACGCAGCAGAGAAAGAUACCGAGUUUUCAUCUAAGAGUAAAGUGAUUACCUCUGAAGAGAAGCUGCAGAUUGAUCUCAAUGAAUUCCUCCAGCAGCUCGGAGUACUAAAAGGAGAGGGACAUCAGCCAUGUGAGAGUGAUAACACAUCAAAGAAUUUCACGGAGAUGGAAUCAUUAUCAUUCAAAGAUGAUGAAGAAGAUGCAUUCGGUACCUGUGCACCUAACCAUUUUAACUGGGAUACACUGAGUGAAAUAGCAGAAGCAGAUAUACAUCUAGGAGCAGAAACCACCAAUUUCCAUGUACGUGAUAGUAACGAAGAGCUGUUUUUUCAUCCAUCAAUCUGGAACUUUUAGGGGAGUUGAGGAAUUUUUUUUUUGUCAUCACUGGUUUAAAUACUAAUAGGAAUAUUUCCCUACAUAGACUAGUUUAGCCCAUGUGCAACAGCUCCGUUUUGUAUAAUAUAGCAAGUAAAAGAAGUCCCUAAAACACACGACAGCCUACGCAGAAGUAGAUGUAUGACUUACCUUUCCCUGCCUUUGUCUCGCAGUUUCAUUUGCUUUAUACUAACAUACAAAUGAGAUGACGCAAACACUACCAAACAAUAGUCUCUGUUUCACAUGUUCCAAAAGC